GAGAUGCUUUUAGUAACGAUUCUAGCCACGCUGCUAGUGCUCUCGGAGCAGUGUCAGGAGAUCCGGAUGAUUGCGGAGGAUGGUAAUGUUAUUGUGAGCAGGAGCAUGGAGUUCGCUCAGAUAGAUGCGUAUGUGGUUGCUGAACCGAGGGAUCUAGAGCACACCAUGCCUGAGCUACCCAACUGCGAGGAACCUUUCAGGUUCAGGAACAGAUACAAGUCAGUGAAGUUACGUUGGAACUACGGUAACUCGUGGAGUAACGCUGACUCUGACGGUAUGAACAGUGCGGGAGUGUCCGCUAGUACGCUCUACUUCCCUAACUUCUCUCACUUCCCAGACAUGGACUCCCUGACAGAGGAGCACUGUGACAACUCCAUACCUCAUCUCAGGGUGGGCAAGUACGUGCUGGCUAUGUUCGGGUCCGUACAGGAGAUCAGAGACGCUAUCAACAACGGCACCUUCCCCGAGGUAUAUGCGGAGGAGGAGGAAGGAAUGGUUCACCCUUUACACUACCAGUUUGCAGACAAGACUGGAGACGCUGUGAUCCUGGAGUACACCAAACAGAGGGGUAGACAAGUGUACAACAACACUGUGGGAGUCCUCACUAACUCACCCAACUACGACUGGCACAUGGAGAACUUGAGGAACUACCCUCAGCUGCGUCCUGAGAACUGGGGUGAGGUCCACGGUAUGAAGUCUAACGGAGGGUCUGGAACUACUGGAAUGCCUGGUGACUACUCCUCUCCCAGUCGCUUCAUUAAAGCUGCUACUCUGCUCAAGCACGUUAAUAAACCCCAGACCAAGAAUGAAGCUCUCAUGCAAUCAUUCCAUCUGAUGAAUGCUGCUGACAUUCCACAGGGAAUAGUGAUGUUCGGGUCCCACAGUGAAGACGAAGAGGAGGAGCAGUCCAAGGAGUCCAACAAGAAGGACAAGAAGAACAAGAAAAACAAGAAGGAUAAGAAGGCAAAGUCUCGCUCUACGAGGAAUGCUCACGAGGAUGUUGAUUACGACCAGACAUCGUGGAUAGCAGUGAAGAGUCUGACAGAGGGAUGUCUAUACUACCGAGGUUACAGCGACAUUUCCAUCAGACGGGUCUGUCUGGACAGCACCAGUGAAGACAGGACCAUGGUUCUCCCUGUGGACGGCAAGUGGAAAAACAGCUACAAGGACGUCACUAAUGACAUGGAAGAGUGGGAAGGACAAUAUUAAGUGAUAAUUAUAUCAUUAAUUAUAAUUGUAUAAUUAAUUACAGUUAAUUAUUGAUUGUAACUGAACGACUGUACCUUUUAGAUAAUUUUAUAGUUCUGUGUUCUUCGGUCAUUCAAUAUCCUGAAUUGAAUAUAAUAUUUUAAUUGCAUUUUCUUUCUUAUUUUUAAUCAUUAUUUACUGUAACUCGAUU